AUGGACUCACAUAAAAAGGAGAUAACAAAGUGGGUAAACAAUGCUAUUAAACUAGAAAAUGAAAAACAAUUCCAGGGUGCUGAGGAAAGCUACACGCGCGCGAUUUACAUCUUGAAAAAUGUCCUACAGAACACAUCACUUUCCUCGGAUGAUCGCCAAGCCGUGAUGAAAUACACUAGCGAUAUCGCGAAGCGCAUCCAGAAACUACGUGCAAUCAACCGCAAAGGCGCUAUCCCCAGAACAACAUCAACAACAGCAUUGACAACUCCUAGUGAGGAAGGGGCCCUUAGUUCUGAGACAUCCAGGACUUCUCGUCCACCAGUAGUCAGAUCACAGUCGACGUCAACGCAUUUGCCGCCGCCUGGCGAUGAUUAUUUGAGUUUUCUUGGUGACCCUGAGUACAAACCGAGCGUGUCGAAGAUUGAAACGAAGCCUGGUCCGAAAUCCGUGACUUCGACCCCGCUGGCAUCCCCAAACCUAUCCACUUCGAAGGGCUCGCCAGUCGCCUCACCUCAUCACACGGGUACGAGGCUUAACUCGAGCUCCAACAACGCGAACUCCCUGAUUCCGAGCCCGAUUCCGUCGCUGUCGUCUGCGAAAAGCUCUCUGACGGGGUUGCCCGCGGGUGGAAAGAGCGCUGGGGAGAAUCGAAAAGACGAUAUGAAGGCUGACCAGGCGCCACCGCAGCGGUCUCACCCCCCAAACUAUCUCGUACCGCGCGCGUCGGAGUUCAUCCUGAAGGCGAUUGAGGUGGCUUCCCAAUUAUGCCAACAGGACGAGCUGAAACGCGCUGUAGAUGUCCUUCAGCAUGCUUACCACAUCGCGAAAAAGGAGCGCAACAAUCCUAGCAACUUUAAGGAUAUUCAGUCGGUCCUCCGUGAAAUGCGACAAAAGUAUUACGAACGCUAUCCACCGAGGUUUCUCCAGGAUAACCCCGUACUGCCCGAGGAGAUGACGCUGCUGCGGAACAGCGGGAUCAUCACGACGAUUCGUCUGCCGUGUUGGGAUGAUAUCGAGGAAGGCUACGGUGCGGAGAACAUCUUCAUGCCCUGUGAAGGGGUAUGGGAGGAUAACUUCACGCCGCAGCUCAGCAAAACGCAAAAGAAAGAGGGCGCCCAGCUCGUUCACAUCGCGAAUCUCUACCCCAAAGGGGCUGAUCUUGCCAUUGUUAGGCAUGCCGAUCCGCUUUCGGUAAUGCAGACCGUCGUCGGGGAUUGCUCCAUGGUAUGCAGCCUCAUCAUCUGUGCGAGCUACCAAAAACGAUUCCCAAAGGCCAAAAUUAUCAGCAACGUGAUCUACCCACAGGAUCGAGAGCGCAACCCCAUCCUUAAUCCCAAAGGAAAGUAUGCCGUGAAGAUGCUCAUCAAUGGCAUGACGCGGCUCGUCCGGAUUGACGACCGGCUGCCCGCGAACCCGUUCACGAAACGACUCCUCUGCACCUACAGCCAAGAUCGUACGGAGCUGUGGGUGUCGCUGAUGGAAAAGGCCUUUGUGAAGGUGUGUGGUGGGAGUUAUGAGUUUCCCGGAAGCACCAGCGCGAGCGAUCUCUACAGACUCUCCGGAUGGCUCCCCGAUUCGCUGAGUUUAACGAGCAAAGACUUCGACGCGAACUUCCAGUGGCGACGCCUUCUUCAUAGCUUCCAGAGCGGCGCGUUGUUGAUGACGUUGAUGACGCCCAACUCCCUUUCCCGUGAAGUCGAGGAGGGGAUGAAACUUUCCCCCGAGCACGCCUAUGCGGUGUUGGAGCUUCGUGAGGUGGAUGGGCUUCGCGUCGUGGGGUUGCGAAAUCCGUGGUCUUGUCAAACCUGGGGAGGGGCGCUCGCGUGGGGGGAUCGAAGCGAACUUGCCAUGACGAUCCAUCGUAGCCUGGGGUACACCAAAGAGAUGGCAGAGAUUGGGGUUUUUUGGAUGCGAUGGGAGGAUGUGCUUCGGUAUUUUGAUGGCGCCUCGUUGAGCUGGAACCCUUACCUGUUGUAUCCCACCGCCGAGGGGCUUUCGCGGAAACCAACGCGGCUUGCCUGUCAUGGUACCUAUCACCCCACCACGAGCCUCGCGGAGAUGCCGCAACUUCACAUCCACGUCGGGAAUCUCCGGCAAACGACUCGGAUGCAUCUCCUUUUCUCCCGCCAUAUCACCGAAGUCGCGGAGUUCACCGAUCAUUUCGACGAAGCGCGGCGAAAGCAGGAUCGAUUUGUCGCCCUUAAAGUCUUCGACGUGACGCCCUACCCGUCCGUGGCGCAAGGGAUCGGGGGGGGGUGUCCAUUGGGGCGGUGUUCCGCCCGUCGCCUCAGCAGCGCGUCGGAUGUGUCGACCUACUUGGAGCCGUUGAACGAUCCGAUCUACCGAAACGCGUUCGCGCACACGACGAGCUUCAAUUGUAGCCCGGCGAUGACGGAUUUGGUGGUGGUCGUGGCCCUUCAACGCACCGCGCGGCGGGGGCCCUUCGACUUCACCGUCACCCUCCACACGGCGUUGGCGCCGUCGCCGCCGAGGAGGGACCCCGCGACGGGGCUUUCCGCGCCCGCCCCGCCGCGGUCGUCCCGCUCGGCGGCGGGCUCGAACGAGGAGGCCCGGGUGUGUCUCCAUCCGAUUCCCCCAUCCGCGCUGCGCUACACGAAUCGGGUGAACGGGGCGUGGGUGAAAGGCCGUAGCUGUGGCGGCCGGAGCGAUACGGCCACCUUCGUGUACAACCCGCAGUACCUCCUACGGCUGUCGAGCCCCACCCUCUUCGCCGCUCGACUUUCCGUCUCCGACUGCGAGGAGUCGUGUGGGGUUUUUCUCCUCCGACGUCGGUUUCGCUCGCCUUCGGAGUCAUCCCUUACCUCGUUUGGCUUCCGUGUUGGAAAUCUGAGUCGGGAUGUGGAUUUCGUGAUGAAAUCGAGGCUUUACGGGGUCGGGGGGGCGCUCAUCGACAGCGCCUUGCCGGAAACCGUUUCCUAUGACCCCUAUCACCUGCUUGGCGAGGUCGCGGAGAAACCAACCACGACGCUGCGGGUUAUGGUGCAUUGCGCCCCUUUAAUGACGUCAUCCGAUCAGUUUUUCAUGCACGAGGUGAACCAAAACGACGAGCUGAGCAUGGUUUUUCUUUACGCGAUGAAACAUAAAAUGGGAUUGGGCCCUUCGAAUUCGGUGAUUCACAUCGGCAAUCACACGUUUGAGCAUACCAAGCCUAUCCAAGAUGUUCUGGAGCACGCUCGGGGUCUUGAAUCGGGUGCAAAAGGGGCAAACGCCAAACCUCACACCGGGGAGGUAUCUCUCUUUCUCAAAGUCCACGCGACGCGGGAACAGAUCACGAUGGAUAAUGAAAAGGAUCCCUUGGCGAGUGCGCUUUUUAAUAUCGCGUGCGAUGUGAUCCGGAAUCGCGGCAAAGCGGCCAGCCACCUCUCGCAGCUACGCCCCCUCAUUCAAACGGAAGGGGCUGGGGAGUUGGUUGGGAGGGCGCCCGUGGUGGGGUCUCCUCACCAGCCGAUUGCCGCGUUUCUCCUGGGUUUCCUCUCGCAGCUCUCCUCUCAACCCCAGAGGAGGGCGGUGGAUUGCUACCUCCUCCCCCCUUUGCCUGCGGGGGCGUACACGCUCAUCCCUUCUUUGUGGAAAAAAGGGGUCGCCGGGGGGUUUAAUCUCCUCGUCGAGGCGACGGAACCGUUUCAGCUCGAGCCGAUUCCACCCGAAGGCGAUGGGCUUCUCGAGCAACGCGUGGAAGGAGCGCUGCGCGAAGCGGGAAAGGUCCUCCCGGGCAGCUUUGAACCCCCCAUGCGGCUUCACGCGAGCGAUGCGUAUUUUGAGAACCUCACGAUCCGCAUUUCCCUCGCGCGACGCGGCGUCUUUACCUGUCGGUUGUUGCUCGUGGAGGCGACGACGGGUGGGGAGGACGCCGCCAGCCCGACGUGUGCGAAUCUCACCCUCUUCGCCCCACAUGGGGAGACGGAGAUGGAUAUGGUAUCGAGCUCCGGACCCUACACCUCACUUGGGAUUUCCAUUCCGCCUGUUUCGCUGGAGGAGAAGACGCGUUAUCGGUUGGUGCUCAGUUCGCUAAAGCCGUCAAAUUGCAAGUAUGUGUUGCGAAUUUACACAAGCGUCCCGUGCACCACAGAUGGAUCUUAA